AUGCAGAAUUUGUGUGAGGUGCAAGAUCUGGGCCAGCGUGUGGACGAUCGACUGAGGGUUCUAAAGGAACGCUUCGACGAGCGGCUGCAUGCCCUCCAGGCCAGGGUCACAGGAGCCACCACAUGCCACCGCUCUUUAAGCUCGGUCCAAUUCCGGUUGCAGGGGCAACGGGAGUACUUACGCCAACCAGAGGUUGAGGCAUCAAAAGCAUUUUCCAUCAAUGUGCAACUUUCUCCAUGCAACCCCUCCAAAGCUCACAAUGCGAAGUCACUGCAAUCGCCUUUCGGACAACGAUCGUGCGUAAUUUUACUCGACACCUUGUCGAAGGCGGCCUCCAGUGACGAGGCCACGGUGGUCAUCCGCGAGGCUGCAGCUGAGAAAGCGCUGUUGCAUGUGGGAAAGAUGUGCACACGGAAACUGGGAGCUCAGGCAACUUGCGUUCGGUUGGCUGAUGAUGUCUUGGGCGUGGCAGAAGGCUCACAGAAGAAGGUCGAGGAGCUGGCCGGGCAAGUAGGUGCUUCGCAGCGCCGCCUCGAAGACUUGGAGAGGCAGACAGAGGCUGGCCUUGACACCCUCCGUGCCGAGAAUGUCGCGGUGCGCGCAGAGCUUGCAGGGCGAUCUGCUCGGUGGCAUGAGGGCCAGAGCGGGAGGGCAGAAGGCUCCUCCGCGCCGCUGGAGCCUACAGAACGACGGGAGCUUCCAGCUGCUUCUCCGACUGAGGAGCUAGCUGAUGCUGUGGAGCGCCGGCUGACAUCCCGUUUGGGGCUACAGGUUCUUCAGCUCAGCGAAGUCCUACAGCGUGUGGUGCAGAGCCAAGCGACGUUGACACAGCAGCUCACCUCAGGUCCAGCUGGGGCCAAAGCCAAGGCUCGCAGCUCGAGGUCGGUGGAUGGAUUGAAGCCGGCCUCUGCUGCUUGUGCCGAGCCUCGCGCAGCCUCUGAGGACCGAAAGCAAGCCAUCGAAGAGCCACCGAGCUGCCUGAGGCUGCAGUAG